UGGUUGUCUUCGCAAAAUAAAUACGCAUUAUUUGAAGAAAAAUCUAUCGAAUUUACGCAUUCCGCAAAUUAUUGAUGAGAAAUACGUGAUUUUAGUCUAAGUCUCUAUCUUCUGACUCAAUUUAGUCAGUAAAACAGCUGAAAAUGCCGUCGAUCAUCAAACUACAUGCGAUUUCUGGGGCCCAGGAUGAGUCCCCGCCGUGCUAUUUGCUGCAGGUGGAUGAAUUCAGGUUUCUCCUCGACUGUGGUUGGGACGAGAAAUUCAAUCCCAACUUCAUUAAAGAGCUAAAGAGGUAUGCAGGUCAAAUUGAUGCUGUUCUGCUGUCUUUCCCUGAUCAGCAGCAUCUUGGAGCUCUCCCAUACAUGGUGGGAAAAUGUGGGCUCAGUUGUCCGAUUUAUGCCACAAUCCCAGUGUACAAAAUGGGGCAGAUGUUUAUGUACGACCUUUACCAGUCAAGAACAAACAUGGAAGAAUUUGACAUUUUCUCCCUAGAUGAUGUCGAUGCUGCGUUUGACAAAAUCAUUCAGUUGAAAUACAACCAAACCAUCACCUUGAAAGGUAAAGGAUACGGGCUGACAAUCACGCCACUUCCCGCUGGCCACAUGAUUGGCGGGACAAUGUGGAAGGUUGUCAAGAUGGGUGAGGAGGACAUUGUCUACGCCAUCGACUUCAACCACAAAAAGGAGCGCCACCUGAACGGCUGCGACCUGGAAAAACUGGCUCGGCCCUCGUUGCUCAUCACCGACGCGGCGAAUUGCAUGAAUGAACAGGAACGCCGACGGGUUCGAGAUGAAAAACUUAUGACAAACAUUUUGCAAACCCUGCGCAAAGGUGGAAACGUUCUGAUCGCUGUCGACACUGCUGGCAGAGUCUUGGAAAUCUCGCACAUGCUGGACCAGCUGUGGAGAAACAAAGAGUCUGGGCUGAUGGCCUACUCGGUUGUGCUGCUCAACAACGUCAGCUACAACGUGGUCGAGUUCGCCAAGUCGCAAAUCGAGUGGAUGAGCGACAAGCUGAUGAAGACGUUCGAGGGCGCCAGGAACAACCCAUUCCAGUUCAAACACAUCCAGCUGUGCCACAGCAUCAGCGAACUCAACAAGGUUCCCAGUCCCAAGGUGGUUUUGGCUAGUUCGCCUGACAUGGAGUCCGGCUUCUCGAGGGACCUGUUUGUCCAAUGGUGUUCCAACCCUCUCAACAGCAUCAUCGUCACAAGAAGGACUACUCCAGGGACUCUGGCCAGAAUACUAAUUGAAAAAGAGACAAGUCCAUUCACCAUACCACUGGAAGUGAAGAAACGAGUUCCGCUGGAAGGAGCGGAGUUGGAUGCUUAUCUCAGGUCCGAGAAAGGAAAGAGUUUGAGCAACAUUAAAAGGUAUUUAAAAGAUUUUUUUUAUAAAAUUGCCAGUUAUCCUAAUAAAUUUUUUAUCAGCGAGGAAUAUUCUUCUGAUGAGUCCGACAACGAAAUGGAGCAAGUGGCUCUCGGCAAACACGAUUUGGUCGUCAAGCAAGAGGUGAAAACCAAGACAGGCUUCUUCAAAAGUAACAAAAAGCAGUUCCCCAUGUAUCCGUUCUACGAGGAAAAAAUCAAGUACGAUGAAUACGGAGAAAUCGUCAGGCCUGAGGACUACAAAAUGACAGACCUGACACUCGAAGCAGAGGAGGAAGUGGUCAACAAGGAAAACGUGCAAGUCAAAGAAGAGGAAAUGCCCGCGGUUGACAUUAACGAAGUGCCGACCAAAUGCGUGACAACCGUGAGGAACCUGCACGUUGCCGCAAUGAUCCGGUUCAUCGAUUUUGAAGGACGCUCGGACGGCUCCUCUCUGAACAAGAUAGUCGCCCAGUUGAAACCGCACCGACUGCUGAUUGUGAAGGGAAACCCAGAGAGCAUCCAGUUCAUGGCCAACUACUGCAGAAAAAGCACCGACGCCAAAGUGCUCACACCGAAAACUGGCGACGUCGUCGACGCAACAACAGAGACUCAUAUAUAUCAAGUAAAACUCACUGACGCUUUGCUGAGCUCCUUGGAAUUCAAGAAGAUAAAAGAUGCGGAAAUCGCAUGGCUUGAUUCUAAACUGGCACAAAAAGAAGUGGAUGAAGUUAUUUAUUCGGAGGAUGUUACAAUGAGCGAGUCUGUUUUGGGGGCCGAAAUUCCAACACUGGAGCCUGUCAAGGAUUUGAGUUUAUCUCACCAUGCUACAUUCAUCAACAAAUUGAGACUGUCUGACUUCAUGGUGGUUGUGAAGAAGGCGGGAUAUCAUUGCGAGUUUAGUGGUGGCAUACUUCAGUGCUGCAAUGGAACUAUUGCCCUCAGAAAGCUCGAGUCUGGAACUGUCACCAUGGAAGGCUGCAUCUCCCCAGAAUACUACCAGAUCAGAGACCUGCUCUACAGUCAAUAUGCAAUUGUAUAAAUUAAAAAUAAUGAAGAGGUUUUUUCUAAUACGUGUCCAAAGUAUGAUGAUUAAGUUCUUCCUUUUUGGAAAUUAAAUUAUUCAUUGCUGCCGAUGUUUUCAUGGA